AUGUCGUUCCAGGACCCCAAGAAGACCGGCCAGGCCGAUGCCCCCAAGAUCCACAAGAUCCGCAUCACCCUCACCUCCCGCAAGGUCCAGUCCCUCGAGAAGGUCUGCACUGAGCUCAUCGACCGCGCAAAGUCCAAGGACCUCCGCGUCAAGGGCCCCGUCCGCCUCCCCACCAAGAACCUCAAGAUCACCACCCGCAAGACCCCCUGUGGUGAGGGUUCCAAGACCUGGGACACCUUCGAGAUGAGAAUCCACAAGCGUCUCAUCGACCUCAACGCCCCCACUGAGGUUGUCAAGCAGAUCAUCAUCAACAUCGAGGCCGGUGUUGAGGUUGAGGUCACCAUUGCCGCUUAA